AUGUUCAUUGAGAGAUUUUCUGAAAGACGUCAACCCAGGGUUCAACAGCUUUCUCAAACUGGUCGCCACUUUGAAACUUGUCGUGGAGAACUUUUCAGCCAAAUGCGCUCCAGAAAUGACAUGCCAACUGCCUUGAAGUUUCCAUAUCUGUUUGCGCCCACCAUUCGCGAGUCAUUGAAACCACUCACUGACAUUGGCUUUGUCUACUACACUUCCCCACACUCUUAUUAUGAAGUACCAGAUGAGAUGAAACUCCCGUUUCGAGACCUGCCUUCUUUGUCUGUUCCAUCGUCAGUAGAAAUGGCAAAAGAUGACCAGAGGUUGAUGAGAGACUGGAGGGACAGCUCUGGUAAACCGGUCCGUCAACUGACAGUUCGAAAUCAAAGUACCAAGGACAAUGUAGGUACACUUCCAUUGUUCGCAUACACAACACCAGAUCAGCCUCCAAGACCAUUAGAUUUUUCCACCACAGACGACCUCACAGCUAGAGAAACAGUGGUCACAGAGAUUGAGCAGGAAGCUGUCAGAGGAGCCAUUUUAUUUGAGGCAAACAGUGUUGUGGUCGUCAAGCGCGACCACAUACGUGGAUACCCGAACAGGGGACCCUUCUUUGUUUGA